AUGGCGGGGGCGGGAGUGAAGAGGAGGAAAGCCGGGCUCCCGGGUUUCUGCUGGAAAACCUGCUAUUUUCAUAUUUUAUUCUGGGUUGUCUCAGUCUGUGGUGAAGAGAAGACCUUCAUCGUUGAGACUUGGCUGAAGAACUAUGGCUACCUGCUCCCACACGACAUCCGGACGUCGGACCUGCGGUCGGAGAAAGCCAUGCAGUCCGCGGUCGCUGCCAUGCAGCGCUUCUACGGGAUCCCAGUCACCGGGGUGCUGGACCAGACCACCAUUGAGUGGAUGCGGAAACCUCGCUGUGGGGUCCCUGAUCACCCCCGGUUCAGCCGCCGGGUCAGCCGCCGGAGGCGAAACAAACGUUAUGCUCUGACAGGUCAAAAAUGGAGACAGAAACACAUCACAUACAGCAUACACAACUUCACUCCCAAAGUUGGGGAGAAGGACACGCAGAGGGCCAUCCGCCAGGCCUUCGACGUCUGGCAGACAGUCACGCCGCUGACCUUCGAGGAGAUCCCGUACUCGGAGAUCAAGAGCGAGAGGAAGGAGGCUGACAUCAUGAUCUUCUUCGCCUCUGGUUUCCAUGGCGACAGCUCUCCUUUUGACGGAGAAGGAGGCUUCCUGGCCCACGCCUACUUCCCGGGCCCGGGGAUCGGAGGGGACACGCACUUCGACUCGGAUGAACCCUGGACUCUGGGAAACGCCAAUCACGAUGGGAAUGACUUGUUCCUGGUGGCGGUUCAUGAGCUGGGCCAUGCCCUGGGGCUAGAACACUCCAAUGACCCCAGCGCCAUCAUGGCCCCUUUCUACCAGUACAUGGAGACCCACAACUUUAAGCUGCCCCUCGAUGACCUACAGGGCAUACAGAAAAUAUAUGGAAUCCCCACCGCCAUGUUGGAGCCCACCAGGCCCUUACCCACUCUCCCCGCCCGCCGCACCCACUCCACCUCUGAGCGGAAACCCGACCGGCAGUCUCGGCCACCGCGUCCACCCUCCGGGGACAAGCCCUCCUCUCCUGGUAGUGGAAAACCCAACAUCUGUGACGGGAACUUCAACACUGUGGCCUUCUUCAGACGUGAGAUGUUCGUUUUCAAGGACCGCUGGUUCUGGCGACUGCGUAACAACAAGGUGCAGGAGGGAUACCCGAUGCAGAUCGAGCAGUUCUGGAAAGGCCUUCCUGCUCGGAUCGAUGCAGCUUACGAACGAUCGGAUGGAAAGUUUGUCUUCUUUAAAGGCGACAAGUACUGGGUGUUCAAGGAGGUUACUGCUGAGGCGGGAUACCCCCACAGCUUAGUGGACCUGGGGAACUGCCUGCCGCGGGAUGGCAUCGAUACGGCCCUGCGCUGGGAGCCUGUGGGCAAGACAUACUUCUUCAAAGGGGACCAGUACUGGCGCUACAACGAGGAGAAGAGGGCCGCUGACCCCGGGUACCCCAAACCCAUCACCGUCUGGAAGGGCAUUCCUGAGGCUCCACAAGGGGCAUUUGUCAGCAGGGAAGGCUUCUAUACCUAUUUCUACAAAGGGAAGGAUUACUGGAAGUUUGACAACCAGAAACUGAACGUGGAGCCUGGAUACCCCAAGUCGAUCCUGAAGGACUGGAUGGGCUGUGACCAAUCGGAGAUGGAGAAGAACAAAGACCGGCAGCUGCCCCACGAUGACGUGGACAUCAUGGUGACCAUCAACGACGUGCCGAGCACAGUCAACGCCAUCGCCGUCGUGAUCCCCUGCAUCCUGUCUCUCUGCAUCCUGGUCCUGGUCUACACCAUCUUUCAGUUCAAGAACAAAGGCGUGCAGCAGAACGUCACCUACUACAAACACCCUGUGCAAGAGUGGGUAUGACAAGGCUUGGUCAAGCUGCCGCCUGCAGAUAUUGUUGAGAGGGCUACAAAAAAAAAAGACACAAACAGUUGGAGCACCAGUGUGACCAGUGCCUGCCUUGCACAACCGUGGCGUGAUGGGGCGGACCCCGCCCACUUCAUUAGACUCUAAUGAUCGUUGAGAAAUUUGUAUGUUAUUUAGCAUGAGCCGAAGCACAAAACCGGCUGGGAGCCCCUGGACUUCUAGAAAGCGGGGCGCCUCCUUAUCCCCUUACCA